AUGGCAAAAUCUACGCAAACAUACAGCAAGCACUUCAUCCCACUCGAGUCGAGCCCGGAAAUAUUCACAGAACUUGCGCACAAUGUAGGGCUACCUGCGUCGUUAGAGUUUCACGAUGUUCUUUCCCUGGAUGAUCCAGAGUUACUUGGGAUGCUGCCACGACCGGUAUAUGGGCUGAUUCUGAUACUUCCGACGACAGAGGCGUACGAAAAACGAGUCAAGGAUGAGGAUACCAAGCUGGAGAGUUUGCAAGGCACCAAGCAAAUCGAGGAUGUGGUGUUUUUCAGACAGACGAUUAACAAUGCGUGUGGGUUACAAGGCCAACGCAGUACAGAGUCCAGCUCGAUUGUUGGGAGAGUGCUUAGCUCAAGCCUGACGAAUGAUGUAGAUGAACUGUCUAGAGCGCUGGAGAAUAGCAAGGAGCUGGAGAAGGCAUAUGCUGACGCAGCUAUCCAGGGCGAUACGGAUGCGCCAGUCAAUGCUGAAGACGAGGUGGAUUAUCACUAUGUUGCUUUUGUGCAGUCAUCCAAGAGUGGACAUCUCUACCAACUCGAUGGAGACCGGAAACGUCCCAUUGAUCUUGGGACACUGGAAACCGAUGAAGAUGUUCUUGGAAGCAAGUGUCUUGAUGUCAUUCGGAACAUGGUAGCACUUGAAAACAACAAUGUCAACUUUAGCUUAAUGGCCCUAGUUGAAGGCGCACGAUUGUAG